GUCACGCCUCUAGAUCACACAGACUCUCCCACCUCUGCGCUCACUGAGAGAAAGAGAGGAGGAGGAAGAAGGACCUGAAGUCAGGAUUUGACUUCCUUAACGUAUCAAAGCGGAACUAUGGAUGAUUUAAGCCCCCGCCAUGGUGGCUCUGUGUUUGCGGGGCUGGUGGGAGCGUCGCAGGUGCUCGGCCUUGUGUCGGUGGUUCUGACUGGGGUGUGGAUGGGUCACUACCGAGGAGGUUUUGCCUGGGAUGGUUCGGCUCAUGAGUUCAACCUGCACCCUCUUUGCAUGGUGCUGGGUCUGAUUUUCCUGCAUGGCGAUGCCAUUUUAGUUUACAGAGUUUUUUGUAAUGAAGCAAAAAAACAUGUGAAGCUGCUUCAUGGCAUUAUUCACCUGCUCGCCCUCAUCAUCAGCAUCAUAGGGGUUGUAGCUGUGUUUGACUUUCACAGAGCAGCCAAGAUCCCAGACAUGUACUCUCUUCACAGCUGGUGUGGCAUGGCCACCCUAAUCUUCUUCUGCUUACAGUGGGUGUUAGGUUUGCUGUUUUUUCUUUUUCCUGUUGCAUCGUCAUGGUUACGAGCCACAUACCUGCCUAUCCAUGUCUUCUGUGGGCUCACUCUGUUGGUAAUGGCCAUCGGGACGUGCCUUCUUGGCAUCACAGAGAAACUCCUGUUCAGCAUUACGGAUACAUACUCUCUGUUUGCCCCAGAAGGGGUGCUGGCCAACAUGUUGGGGAUCCUGCUGCUGCUUUAUGGGGUGCUGUUAGUUUACCUGAUCACCAGGGAGGAGUACAGACGUCCCCCAAACCCUGAGGAAGAGUCUCUGUCUGUCCACUUCAAGAACCUGACUGAGGGUGGGGUGCCAACAACACCCUGAAGCUCCAACUGACACUGACACAUCUGGACCUUUCUCAUAAAAAACAAUGUUUGUGUAAGCUGUUAUUUUUAUAAAGUAUAAAAUAAUGAACAGAGAGCAGUUAUGAUUUUCUCUACCCUGAAAACAAAACUAAUUUAUUUUCACUUUCCUCCCAGCUACCUAGCUUUACUUAAAAUUGUGUAUUUGUCCUACAGAAUAUGAAUGUUAAUCUAUUGAUGCAUUACACAGAAUAACUGAAAUAUGCACGUAUCAUAAACUACAUUUGUGAAAAUAGCAACAGUUGGUAAAAAAAAGGAGUAUUAAAGAUGAAUUUCAAAAAAGCUAUUUAUUUCCCUUUAUUCAUAGAAAUCAGCUACUCCAAAGUUUUAGGAGAGAUCCCCAAAUCAGUAUUUUAUUCAAGAGAGUUUACUUUAAAAUAGUUUGCUUAUUAUAUUCAACUUGGGAAAUAUGACAGAAUUCUGUCUUUAUCAAAGCAGUUAUAAACAGUUAUAAAUAAAUCGCUCAGUAAUGACAACAGCAGCAGAAAACACAAAAAUAAGAAUAUUAAGAAUAAGAAAAUCAAUCAAUCAAAUAAAAUUUGUUCUCCACAUGUCCUGUCAAUGGGGAGCGGUCAUCUCAUAAAUCUCAUAAGCAUUCUAAGAGGAUAUGUGGUGGUACACCACUGGGGUUUUGGAGUGUAUAAAACAUAAAAUGAAUUCCACACAGCUAUGAAGCAUAAAUGAGAGUAUUUUCAUAUAUUGGGAUGCAGAAAUAGCCAAGGCACCAUUCUCAGAACUUCCUAACUGCAUGCUUUCAGUGUUGUGCCCAGACUGGGCAGACACUCAUUUGCUACAAAAUUAGCCUCUAAUGAAAACCUAAAACAUAUAUUUUCCUAAGCACAAAUCCAUGAUCUCCAGUUUGAAGUGAUGGAUAAGUAAGAAACAUUCCUCCAAGUAUCUUACUUACUGUAAGUACGAUACUUACUCCAAAACUAAGUAUCUUACUUUUACUUAGUAUCUUACAAACAUCAGUUGUAUUUCAGUUUAAAAAAAUCUGACUAGUUUGACUCUCACUGGCCUCUGUUCCAACAAUUUCAGCUGAUCUCAGAGUCUGAGAGUCAACACAAUUUAUUGAAACCGACCUUAUGAUGGAUCUAAGAUGUAAAAAAUAAAUGUUUGAACAGAAGGAAAAAGCUCUGUGUUUCAUGCUCUAAUAGAUGCACAAUAUGCAACAUGGUCUUAUAAAAUCUAACCUCAAGAUCUGUGUAUUUUAAAGAUGGCUACAUGAGAUCCAUUCAACAUGGAGCUCCAACUUAUGACUACUUUUUAGGAAUGGUAUUAUGGAAACACUUUCAAGUUUAAAACCUUAUCUUUUUAAAACUUUGUAAUAUCAGUAGCCACUAUAUGUGUAUGUUAACACCUUUAAACUUAGGGUUGCCUUUUCAGUACUACGUGCCAUUGAAUGUGAUAUAUGUCACAGAAAUUCAAUCACAUAGUAUAUGGAAAUUAGUGAGUGCCAAGCAACAACCAUUAACAGCAUUGAAGGAAACCUGAAACUUCUUGCUUCAUGUGACUUUUAGAGUCAGAUUUAACUGAAACAGUUAUUCCUCUCUUAAAGCUCUAAACUUGAAUGUUGUACGAAAAGUUCUCUGUAAUUAUGUUUUGGCUCUGUGGUUGUAAAUGUUAUAUGUGUAUUCUGAUGAAACACAAUUAGUAGGUAAAGCUCAUUUGUGUUUAGAAUAACCAGUAACGCUCUCUGCCUAACAGACUUGCCAAAUUUCCACUGCUGAAUGUUGUUAAUCUUGAUGUUCCACUUAACAUUGUAAUUGUUCAAAAAGAAGUCCUAAUCUCACUAUAUAAAAUAAAAUGUGUGUGAAAUGACUUGACUUCUUAGAUGCAAUUUAGGAUAUGGUAUAUUCGAAUGCAAUUUUUAAAUUUGUUUUGUUUUGAAGAAUGUCCACAUGGCGUUUGAACCAACAUGUUUGUUCACACAUAUAAUGCAUUACUGACUUAUCUGGGACAUACCAUUAAAGGAACUUCACAAUACAAUGAGAUAGCAUUCGCUCAUUGUAAAUUAUGAAAAUUAAAAGAUGAAAAUGAGCAUUUACCGAAUUUUGUGGCUUCCUGCUGUCUUAAUGAAUCUGAGACUGUUCCAAUAGUUAAACUCUACCUUUUACGUUUGAGCUCUCUAAAAAUCUGUUCUACUCUCAUAUCUUCACUAGGUUUCAAAGAAUCGAGACCAUAACCUGCAUGAUAUCUUUGACCCUCAUAUUUAGUGUGCAUUCUGAGACGGGGAGAAAGAAACCCUAGCAGACUAUCAGUUUGAAAGGCCUUCUGCUCCAACUGACUGGGGGUUUCAAUAGACGGAGCAGACACACACACAACAAGAACACAGAAGCCCUGGAUUAGAGGUAGUUAUUAGUUAUAUUAAAGAUAAUAAAAGGCCAUCAUUACUAAUCAGAUUGCAGAUCACAUUUUAUUACAGCAUGGACAUGUGGCAGUAUGUUAACACACACAUAUACUGUAAAUACAUAUAUACAUAUCACUGUUCAAGUGAGUUGUUGCAUUUAGUCCUCUCACUAGUAAUGAGUGGAAGUGUUCCAACUGGACAGUUUUCAGUUUAGCUGUAAAAAUGUGUUGAAGCAUAACUUUCCCAACUGGGAGCUCCUGAGCAGUAUGAAUUAUUACUGGCAGUGGUCAAAGAUCCUGUACACACACACACACACAUAUAUAUAUACAUAUAUAUAUAUGAGAGAAACAUCAGCAACGAUUAGUCUGCAACGUCACAAAGUCACCCGAAACAAAGACAGGUCUGUGCAGUUUGUGUCCACAUAGUAAUGUUCUGUGU